AUGCCUGGCCAUCAAAAGCGCGACGAAGGCAAUGCCACCAACCUGAAGCAGGCACGUGAAGAAAACGAGCCCAAAGACCAAAGCAGCUUGAAUGAGCCUCAGGUUUCUAGGAAAAGGACGAGGAAAGAUCUUGAGUUCGAAUGGGAUCGAAGCCAACUGCGAGACCCCCGCCCCACCCCGGAACGAGUACUUUUGCCUCGUCGACCUGAAAAUGAACUCACAGAAGAGGAAAAGGACUUGUUCAAAGGCCCGCCGCCGAAGCGUCCAAGGGCAAAAGGAUGCUUGAACGCAUACGAAAAGGACCAGAUGUUCCGCGAAGGUGCCAAAAGGAACAUUGCCCACAGUUUCCAUGAGUUGUACAUAUGCUUUGAUGAAGGACCCAAAGGCUCUCCUACUUACGACGAAGGUGGAUUCCAGUUGGACUAUCGCACGGUAGCAAACUGGAUGAAGCCUCAGAGCUACAACAAACAAGCCAUGGUCAACGGCAUAGACCGAGCGUUAAAGCGUGCCGAAGAGGAGAAGAGCAGGAUGGCGGCGGCCUUCUUCGAAGGCGGACAAGCCCCGGAGGACGGAGGAUGGCUUGGCACCUUUGAUUUGUUGAAAGACAAGGUCUCGAAGGACCUGGAUAUUGCAUGGCAUAAGGUUACUCCUGCCAAGGUGGAAGAAUGGGUCAAAAAGGAGUUCCCAAAGAAAAUCCACGCGAUUAUGUUACGUCCACUCUCACGGCCGAGGAGAGGAGGAGGUUCCUUUCUAUGA